UUUGUCCACAUAAAAUACCUGCGCCCAUACCUACGUGUAAUCUCGAUUACCACGGAAAAGUAAAAUCCCACUCUAUGGUACAAAAUAGACAAGUGAUCAACCAAUCAAACGGUGGGGCGGACGAAACGAAAUGAAAGUCCGCCACAUGUCCGCCAUAUCUACUACAUCUUCUUUCUAAUAGUGACGUUCAUAUUAUUUUGUGUUAGAUAGCGUUAUUGUGUAGAUAUUCGUUGUAUAAUUUAAUUAUUUUUUUAGUUUAUCUAAUACACGACCCUCGACGGCGGAAAACACCAUGGAGUCCCCACGAAAAUUCAACGAUUGCUAUUUUUACUACUACUCCACAUGCACGAAGGGUGAUAAUUGCGUGUUCCGUCAUGAACCAUCAGCACUCGGCUGUGAGACAGUGUGCACAGCCUGGCAGCAGGGCAAGUGCCUUGAUAAACGCUGCAAACUACGUCACAUGGAACUGAGGAAAAACCGCAAGCAAAUCCCAUGCUAUUGGGAGAACCAGCCGGGCGGUUGUCGCAAGAUCCACUGUCCGUUUAUGCACAAGAACCCAGACGCGCGCACCGACGGCAUCGCGCCCAGCCAGCCCGCGCCACCCACACCCGUGAGACCAACACAUUUUACAAACUACACACCGACAGAUAGACGGUGUUACCACAAUAUGGUGCCUAAUGCCGUGGCCGCGUCGGUGGCUGAGCCCGUGGCCGAGCCGCCGAUGGGAGUGACGCCCGCCGUGCCCGCGCCCGCGCCCGUGCCGCUACUGUGGCAGCAACAGAGACAAGUGGUGCUGGACUCGGCCAUCCUGGGCGUGCUGCCGGCGUCGUCGGAGCUGCUGGGCACGCGGCGCGUGUUGCCGCCGCACGCGCACGACCAGGCCGCCAACCCCUACGCGCCCAUGCCCGUGGACCCGCUCGUCGUCAACUUCGAGGAAGAGUCGGAUAAUGAAAGCGCACCCUCGUCAACGCCCACUAAAAACGUAUCUCCCGACGACGCGCAGAAAAUAGCGCGCACUAAGUCGCAGGAGCUCUUGCUCCUGGAGCGGAUCCAGGCCGAGGCCGCCGCCUUCUACAGCUACGAGCCCGCCGCCGCGCGCCCCGAGCCCGCCGCCAAGCCCGCGCCCGACGACCGCGCCCGCCACAACCCCGACGCCAUCAUCCUCGGCAAGCCCAUCACGCUCAACCUCAGCCGCAAGCGCAAGCUCUCCACGCACGAGACCAUCACCACCUCCGGCAACAAGAUCAUCAAGGUGGUCCGCAGCAACUCCAUAGUCUACAAGAAGCUCGAUCAGAACGCUCCUCCAGCCAACAACCAAACCAAACUCGAUCAGAAGCAGAGCGAACCAGUUAACGAUAGGAAACGAACAUUAUCAGAAAUUAGCGACAUCUAUGAAAUACAGGAAGACGAGCUUCUGGACAACUGCUUUGAAUUCAAGAGGGUGAAGGUCGCAGAGCAAACGUCCAAACCCAGACUAAUCAGAAACAGACUAUCCAGUACAAACAAGAGUUCAGACGAACAGAAAUACGAUGAAAUCGAUGACAACAAAUCAGAUGACUCAGACUCAGAAGUACAAAUAGUAAGUGUUGAAUUAAAUACAAUCAACUCGGUAGACUUAGACAAGGAAAAUUGUGAUAGUGUUAUUAUAGAUGUAGAAACGACUAGGUUAGGGGAACCCAUAGACGUUGUAGACCUAAGUGAGGACCAGGACGAAAGUGAUAUCACUGUGUCAGACUUAGAUUUGGACUUAAGUAAGAACGUGCCAGACGUUGUCGCCAGCUGUCACAAACACAAAGAUUCAGAGAAAAGUAUUUUAAAUGAUAUAGACAGUUUAAUUAAUGAUGAUUUAAGGUUUCCAGUUUCGUUCAGAAAGUAGGUUUUAAGUGCAAUGUCUCAUGUUCAAAGUGUCUCAGUAAGUCAGAUUCUCAUAGAACUACAAUUUGUAGAUUUGUUUUAGCUGUAAGUACAUUUACGUAACGACGUAUGCAAUACGCAAGUGACUUAUUUUUUACUUAAGUGAUUGAAGGCUAAGUCCUUAGUGUGAAGUUAAUGAGUGUUAAAAGCUUUAAUUGAUUUAAUUAUAAUAAUUUUGCUAGUAAAA